AUUGAAAAUGAAAAAAAAAAAAACAAAACUUUCCAAAGUUCCAUCCUUUAUCGCUCCAAUGGCGAUGAGAGAGUUCUCGAAGCUUACCAGCAGAGCAAGAGACAAUGAUGAAGAAGAAGAAGUAUGGGUCAAACACUAUUCAUCGAACCAUCAGAUACUUCUCGUCGGCGAAGGAGAUUUCUCAUUCUCUCACAGCUUAGCCACUCUCUUCGGCUCUGCUUCCAAUAUCUGCGCUUCCUCUCUCGAUUCAUACGAUGUUGUGGUUAGAAAGUACAAGAAGGCAAGAUCAAACAUUGAAACUUUGAAGAGACUUGGAGCUUUACUUUUACAUGGAGUUGAUGCAACCACACUGCAUUUUCAUCCUGAUCUUCGUUAUAGAAGAUUUGAUCGUGUCAUCUUCAACUUCCCGCACGCCGGUUUCCACGGCAGAGAGUCUGAUUCCUCUCUUAUACGGAAGCAUAGAGAACUGGUGUUUGGAUUUUUCAAUGGUGCAAGCCGUUUGCUAAGAGCCGAUGGGGAAGUUCAUGUUUCUCACAAGAACAAAGCACCUUUUUGUAACUGGAAUCUCGAGGAGCUCGCUAGCAGAUGCUUUCUUGUGUUGAUUCAACGUGUGGCGUUCGAGAAGAGCAAUUACCCUGGUUAUGAGAAUAAGAGAGGAGAUGGGUCUAGAUGUGACAAGCCUUUCCUUUUGGGAGAGUGCAGUACUUUCAAGUUCAGAUUCUCUCGUGUCGCUAAGGAACUUUAUGCAGAGAAGGUAAAAUCGAGAGAAGUGAAGGAACAAGAAUCAAGUUGUGCCCAAGCUUUUAUAAAUACACAGCCAGUGUCAUUUGAUCAUGGGUAUCCCCUCCAAACAGAAUUUCACGGUGUUAGCCAUAGACCAGUUUCGUUUGAUCUCAGCUAUCGUGGGGACUAUAACCUUAGGCAAGUCCAAGAUCCUUUGGUUCAAUCAAGAGAAAGGACAUCUCCAUUGGAUCUUUGUUAUUACCAAGAACGUAGACGUUUACAGUUCGAAAAUGCCCGGUUUCAAGAAAACUCAAUAGAGCUGGACAAGUUCAGAUACACUGAAAGAAGCAGCCUGCUUUGUCAAGAUUUUCCUUUUCAAACAAAUCAUCAUCGUCAAGAACAGUUCCAUGAAAGCUCUAACCACAGCGAUUCGCCGGAUAUUUACAACGAGAUAAUACAAAGAAUGUUAACACGGACGAGGUUUCCUCAUCUGUACGUUGGAGAAUCGCCAGAAAGACGCCACCUGCUUUGUCAAGACUUUCCAGUUCAAGCUAGUCAAGAACCACCAUUUGGAUGCUCUAACCGCUUUAGUGGAGUUUCUCAUGAAAUUUAUAACUGGGAAGUACCAAGAAUGUUAACAAGUACCAGAUUUCCUCACCCGUACACUGGAGAAUCACAAGAACGAAGGCAGAGCAACCUCAACACUCAUCCUCCACAGCACUGGUAACUUAUCUUCAAAAGAACUUCUCAGGAUACGUUGAUGGAAACAAGGUGAGUGAAGCUUGGUGUGACACAAGAAUCUCUAAGAAUGGCGUAAUUUUAUGUUCUGUUUCUGUUUCCUAGCAUGGCAUUAAGUUAACUACUAGCAACUCAAAACUGCAAAGAUCUCGAUAUGGAGAUGGUAUUUUGGGGUUAUUGAAGACUAUGCAUUAGAAAUGGUUGUGACUUGCAUUGUCUUAUGGAGAUAAUUAUCUUUAUCACUGUACUUCUGUAAAAUCAUUUCUCAGCUAAUGACCUUUUUACAGUCUCUGACUCCCUCCUAAUGAUUCACUCG